AAAUCCAAGUUAUCUUUGAUUUAAAUUGCAAAAGAAUCGGUAAAUAAAUGAACUAAAUUUCUAUGUAAUUAAGGCUUUAGGAUAGCAAUUCGGACCAGUUCUGUCCUUUUUGCGAAGGAAUAAUAUGACCAACCGUGCAGCAACUUUGACUUUGCAUACAGGAGUCAUUUUCUCAGAUCCAUCUAAUGUCCUUAUACUCCUCGUCACUUUUGCAAAUUAAUUUACAUAUUGAAAAAUAUUGAAAUGUGCUUGAGACGGCACCAAAAGCGUUUUUGCCUUAUAUUGGCAUUAGUGACGAUAACUUGGGGACUUGCUGAGGUAAUAUACGGUUAUCACAUUUUAACCACGAAAGGUGUUAAUAAUUGGUUAAUGGCGGCAAUCGUGGCCUGGAUUCCUGUUCUCAUAGCAUCGAUUUUUCUGAUUCUAGGCGCAUUAAAAAAAAUUCCUCGUUUGCUGCUGGUCUGGAUAAUAGUUUCAUUGAUAUGCGGAAUCGCUCUGAUUAUUAUAAAGUCGGGACUAUUGAUAUAUUUGCAUGAUUGUUCUGCAACUAACGACAUUCUGACAGCGCUGUUGAAUAUUAUCUUUUUAUUGCUGGUCUAUGUUUGGGCAUUCUACCCUUAUGCAUACAUGCGAGAAAUGAAAGAACAACUUUUGGAAUAAACUACUUACUUAUUAUACCGUC